UACCUCCAAUACAACCCCUACAACAACCCCCUCGCCCUACUAAUCACAAACCGCCAAGUAUACGAGGAAACCCGUCAAAUCUUCUACUCCCUCAACACCUUCGUCUUCGACAACGACCUCUUCCUCCCCGUUUUUCUAUUGGGGAUUGGACGUCACAACGCGGUCUUGUUGCGCUCAGUGCACUGGCGCACCAAAAUGCGGCCCUCAGGCGACAACCAGAUAAGUAUUCUCCGGCCGUGGCUGGAUCCAUCCCCCUCAGGAAGGGAUAUGUGGACGAGUGAACUGGCAUAUAUCCGAUUCAUGGGUCUGCUUGCUUCAGAA